CAUAUCAAACAAAACUUCGAAUGUAAACAUAACCUAAAAUGUGUAUUUUAAUUUUGCCGUUUUUAAGAUUUUGUCACUAUUUUGUAAGAAUUUAAUAAAAUAAUGGCACUUGUUCAUUGUUUUCAGUUUUUCUUACUGAGUGUAUGCAUUAAUUCCUUUACGAUAUUCAUGUACGUGAUUUAUUACGGUGAUUUACUGUGGACUUCGUACAAUCAGAAUGUUGAAGAGGAAUAUGACUAUAUCAUUGUUGGCUCUGGAACAGCAGGAUCAGUAAUAGCCCAAAGGCUGGCUACAGAGACAUCAUUCACCUUUGUAGUACUGGAAGCUGGUGGAAAUGGCAACUUUCUGUAUGAUGUUCCUGUCCUCGGGCCUUUGCUGCAUGGGUCUAUGUACGACUGGCAGUAUGAAACUGUGCCACAAGAAAAUGCUUGCUAUGCAAUGGAAAAUAAGAAGUGCCAAUUGUUUCAAGGCAAAAUAAUUGGGGGUUCCUCCAAGCUCAACAAUAUGGUGCAUGUACGAGAAAAAGCGACAAUGGAAGUGGAUGAGACAAAUCAGGUUCCGAAGUCAUUGAAUCCGUAUGUUAAAUUGUAUAAGCUGAAUAUGGACCUACAAAAAAGUUUAAAGGAACAAAAAUAUCUGGAUGAUGGGCAAUUUACUAGGGAAAACCUAUCUAAUCGUCUGAUCGAAGAUACACAGACUAUGCGUGUAGAGUUGGAAAGAAUCACAGUGUAUGAAUGCAACGAAUGUUACUUUUGUUAUACUACAGAAAGAGACUACAAACUACAUGUGCUGAAGCAUGUCAAACCUAUUGUGAAAACGGAAUUUACACAAGAAAGGUAUGGUAAUUUCGUUAAAAACUUCAAAUGUGAAGACUGUAAUAUGAGAUUCGUGGCCGAAAGUACCUUGGUGGCCCACUCCGUGGUCCACCUCCCGUUCCCCCACCAAUGCCACUGCGGCAUCGGCUACAACAAGCGUGACGAUCUCAUAUCACACAAAAAACUUGUGCACCCCGAAAUGGAACAAGAAAAUGUCUGGCAACCUACAACGUCAUACACGGGGAAAAAAAUAAAAUCCGAACACUGCAUUAAAUCCGAAUAUGUUGUACUACAGAACAACACCAUCAAGACAAAAUUAGGAGUAUACAAAGUAAAGCCUAAGCCAAAAGUGAAGAAUGCAAAGAAAGUGAAAACCGAGAGAAACAGAUAUUUAACUGGAGUGACACUUCCUCACGUGACAGAGUACAAUAAGAUUAACGUUGAUGGAAGAACUAAAUAUGUAUGUUUAACAUGCUCUAAGGUAAUCGCAUCAUACAAUGGUCUACAAUUCCAUAAUCUAACACAUACGGGAGAAAAACCAUACAUAUGUGACUUGUGUGACAAAGGUUUUGCCCAGCACGGAGCCUUGAAGGUGCAUAAAUUAUGGCAUGCUGGUGUCAAAUUUGAAUGUCCUGUUUGUAAGAAGCUUUUGUGUAAGAAGGCCGCAUUGAGUUUGCAUAUGCGUACACACACAGGCGAAAAGCCGUACCAUUGCGACUUUUGUGAAAAGGACUUUGCUGACCCGAGUGCGUUCGGGCGCCAUAUCCGGACGCACACUGGCGACAAGCGUUACAAGUGUCCCCAGUGUCCUAUGAGCUUCACUGACGCCAGCGCCCUUAUCGUUCACAAGCUACGGCACACCGGUAUUAGGAAACACAAAUGUGACAUUUGCGAAAAGAGAUUCUACCUUAUAAGCGAUCUAAAAAAUCACGUGCACAAUGUACACGUGCGUCGAUAUGACUUCGAAUGUGACUCGUGUGGAAAACGUUUUUCCAAUAAAAACUAUUUGAAAAGUCAUUUAGAGAGAUCUGGCGUCCACUCGGGGUUCAAUUGUGAAUUAUGUUCUAGAGUAUUCUUUAAUGUGCAUCAAUUAAAAAAGCAUAUGAAUAUACAUAGGAAGUUUGAGUUUGAUGAUUACGUGUGCGACUCAUGCGGGGAAUCCUUCGACAGGAAAGCGUCCAUUGUUAAACAUUUAAAAAUGGAACAUGAUGCAUAAAAUUGUUAAUAGUGUCCCACACAGAGAUGGCGCGAAAUAUAAUUUUUAUAUUUAUAUUGUUAUAAUUAUUAUGUAAUUACGUACUUUUGCCCGUUAUAUAACAAAAUGUCAUGGAUGUUUGUUCUGUGUAGCAUAGUCCCAAGC